AUGGAUCCAGUUCUCGCAAAGCCGACCAGCGCUUGCUGCCUCACCGACGGCUCGUCAUAUCAGUCAAAUGAUCCCGAAUCCAAACUCCAACAGCUUGGAGGAAUAGAGACAUAUGUUUCGCAACCGGUAGCUCCUAACGCCAAUGGCAACAUUCUACUGUUCUUUCCAGACGCCUUUGGGCUCUGUGCAAAAAACUACCUCUUGAUGGAUAGGUUUGCUGCUCUCGGGUAUCUGGUACUGGGCGUCGACUACUUUAUGGGCGACUCUGUGUUGAAGCAUACGGCAAACCCACUAAAUGAUCCGACUUUCGACCUGAAGGCGUGGAGCCUGAAACACCUCAGAGCUUCUGAAGAGAUUGCUGAGAAGUGGAUUACAGAGGUGUCCUCCAAGUAUGGAAGCGUAGAGGGCGUGAAGUUUGCAUGUGUCGGUUACUGUUGGGGUGGUCGUUUCGUCUGCCAACAACUGUCGAAGAAUGGUAUCUGCAGUGUAGGAGCUAUGGCCCAUCCGUCCUUCAUGAACGAGAGCCAUGUUUCCGGAGUCAAUGCGCCUCUGUACAUCGCUGCUCCGAGCACGGAUUCGUUGUUCAUGCCUGAGCAACGCGCCAGAGCUCUUGAGAUUUUGAGCAACAACGAACAGAAGUUCAACAUGCAGAUAAUUUCUGGAGUCAGUCAUGGGUUUGCAACGCGCAGUCAUCCUGAUGACCCAUAUGCGGAAUCGGCGUCGAAGGCAGCUUUCAAAAGCUUCACCGAAUGGUUUGACUUCUGGUUAUCGAAGCAGGACUGA